AUAACAAUUUCGCCCUUUUUUUUAAAUCCUUUUUAUUCUUUUAAUUUUUAAAGGAGGAAAAAGAAAAAGAGUCUAUUCUCUCACUUCCAAAAGGCCCCUUAGACAUCGCGUCACUCUCUCAUUUUCCUCUCUUGGUAGAACUUCCUCUCUCUCUCUCUCUCUCUCUCUCUCUCUCUCUCUCUCUCUCUAAAGAAAAGAAAAAAAAGAAAAAAACAAGAAAUUCUGAUUUUCAGUAUUUUUGUUGUGAAGAAAAAAUCGAAUACAAAACCUUGCCGGGAAAGCUCUCCAUCGAAGAAGAAAGCGACGACGACGACGAUUUUUAAUCGUUCAUCAUUGUCUGAACGCAACCCUAGAAGUAAGGGGCAAGAAAAUAAAAAGAACAAAGAAGGAAAACCGAUUCGCAGCUGAGUCAUGAGACCGAAUCAAUCACCACCGCCGGGUAUCGGAAUCGGAAUGGGAACGGGAAUGGGAAACGGAACGGCUAAUCGAAACAAGCAACGGAGGCGGCCAGACUUAACCCUGCCUCUUCCUCAGCGAGACCCGAUAGUGGCUGUUCCUCUUCCUCUGCCACCUACCACCAGCUCCGCCCCGUCGACGAGUCAUCAGCAAAUUCAGCAAUUGAGCUUUUCAGACCUCGACCGAAUCAACCGUAUAGGAAGCGGCGCCGGGGGAACCGUUUACAAAGUGAUCCACCGUCCAACGGGGAGGCCCUUUGCCCUAAAAGUGAUUUAUGGGAACCAUGAAGACAUGGUGCGUAGCCAGAUCUGCCGCGAGAUCGAGAUUCUUCGCGGCGUUAACCACCCAAACGUGGUUAAAUGUCACGAAUUUUACGAGCACAAUGGGGAGAUCCAAGUGCUGCUAGAAUUCUUGGACGGCGGAUCCCUUGAAGGGACACAUAUCAGCCUGGAGGCCCACUUGUCAGAUGUUGCCCGACAAAUCUUGAGCGGGAUGGCGUAUCUCCACCGCCGUAAAAUAGUGCACAGGGAUAUCAAACCUUCGAAUCUGUUAAUCGAUUCAAGGAAGAAUGUGAAAAUUGCAGAUUUUGGGGUGAGCAGGAUUUUGGCUCAGACUAUGGAUCCCUGCAAUUCAUCGGUGGGUACUAUUGCCUAUAUGAGUCCUGAAAGGAUCAACACGGACUUGAAUCACGGCCAAUACGACGGUUAUGCCGGUGAUAUUUGGAGUUUGGGCGUGAGCAUAUUGGAGUUCUAUUUGGGGAGGUUUCCGUUUGCCGUCGGGCGGCAGGGCGAUUGGGCAAGCUUGAUGUGUGCCAUUUGUAUGUCUCAGCCACCGGAAGCUCCGCCGACUGCUUCCAGGGAGUUUCGUAAUUUUAUUGCUUGUUGUCUGCAAAGGGAGCCGGCGAGAAGGUGGACGGCGACUCAGUUGUUACAACAUCCUUUUAUAUCAAGGAAUAGUGGAGGCCAAAGAGAGGUGAAUCAGAACCUACAUCAACUAUUGCCUCCCCCACGUCCCCUUUCUUCUUAGUCUUUUCGAAAUAUAUUUUGCGAAUUAUCUCCAUGAUUUUUGUUUUAAUCUUUGUUCCUAUUGUUAUUGUUGGUGUCAUUAGUUCCCCUCCACCCCCAACCUUCUCUUUUUCCUCUUUAAUCCUCUUGUAAUUUUUCAUAUGAUGGGUCAGAUUCGAUUUUUAGAAGGGGAGUGGGGUUUAUGCUCCUGGCUUCAACGUUCAAUCAGAAUCGAAUCUGUCUGUCUGUGAUGAUAGAAAAAAAAAAUUCUUCUAUCAAUGGCCCAAACUUUGCUGUUGAAUCUUGUGUUGUAUUUCAGUUCAGGAGAAAUUGUAGAUUGGAUGUGGGGAGGUUGGGUUAUUCAUUGAAAAUAUUCAGAUUUUCAAUCUAUGAGAAUAAGAUAUGCUCAACUUGAUCUA